CUGAUUCUUGAUUCUUCCACAAGCUGGCAGUCUGAUUCUGCCGCACCGUCAGCCUUGGCUUACCCUAUUCGCUGUGGACGCUACGCCUAUCCAAUCCCAUCUCUAUCCCCAAUCUCUCUCUCCAUACCGACUCCAUCUUCCAUCAUCUGAACAGGGGAACUGUGCAGUUGAAGGGUUGAGCCUUUUUUGGUUGGGGGGGGGGGGCACCAAAUGGGAAGGGUCUUUGUGGUUGAGCUCGAGGGCAGGGCUUAUGAAUGCAAGUUCUGCAAAACCCACUUGGCUCUGGCUGAUGAUCUCGUCUCUAGGGCUUUUCACUGCCGCAGGGGAAAGGCAUACCUCUUCAAUAAUGCGGUGAAUAUCACAGUUGGUGCUCAAGAGGAGAGGAUGAUGAUUUCAGGAAUGCAUACUGUAGCAGAUAUAUUUUGCUGCUGUUGUGGACAAAUUGUUGGCUGGAAAUAUGAGAUGGCACAUGACAAGACCCAAAAGUAUAAAGAAGGGAAAUUUGUUCUUGAAAGAGGGAGGAUCAUUGAUGGGGUUGACUCAGAAUUCUACAUCGAUACCCGAGCUAACAUGAGUGAUGCUGAAGAUGCUUGAUCCGAUAAUUAAUAUGGGUGUACCACAUUAUGAGAGUAAGAAGAGAUGCAGGCAUGUAUGUGAAUUGUAGUAUGAGAAUAUGGUUCCAGUCAGUAUAUGAGCUGCAUGGAUGGAUAGAUGGAUACUCGCUCUCUUCCCCUUUUCCUUUUUUGGUUUUUAGUUUCUGUCGUGUAAUAUGAUAAGGUGUUGUGGUGGUGAAUCUUAUAGAAAAUGUAUACUAUUUAUUUAGAAAUUAGUGUUCAUAAGCCUCUUGGCUUUAUUUUAUACUGUAUCUGGAAAUAUUGGCUGAAAAGGCUUCGAACUUACUUGGCUUUGAGGCAAGUCUGAGUCCUUUGGUGAAGAAAAAAAUGAUUUUGCUCUCUA